GUAUCGUCAAUUAUGUAUCGUGCAUCGUGUGCUUGCGUAUGGUUCUGAGAAAUUUUCCAGCUUUAAUUGGGGACAUCCUCCCUUUACUCAUGUUUUUCUUCGAGUCACUACUACCUGCAUAAUGAUAACAUAAGCCAGGUGAGAAGCUGUGGAAAAAUGGCCGAGAGAGAAGAGGGUCCACUCGUUCUUGUUCAGCAAGUUUUCCAGCUCUGCAGCUUUGGGGUGAAGCAGGAGCAGGUGAGCUUCCCUCGUGUGACUAUGUCUUCCCACCGUUGGAUCUGCUGUCGACACACCGGCCGAAAACGCCGUAAAGUGGACAGCAUAACGGCCAUCAACCUAACCCGCAAGACGCCGCGGUCACUGACAUGGCCGUGCGUGGCUGACUCCGCCAUGAUGAACCCUAGAAAACCAUGGCUUGCUCUCAAAGUUGGACGUCAUUUUCAAGUGUUCAACAUUGUAGCAGAGAAGCAGCUGCAUCGCUGCACCACAAAAGACGAUGUGCAAUACUGGACCUGGAUCAGCGAUGAUAUCAUCGGGAUGGUCGGAGCUAAAGCUGUAUAUCACUGGGAUCUCUCACCACCAGCUGAUUUAGGGCCCCAGAAGGUGUUUGCAAGACACACAAGACUUAGCGUGUGUCAGAUCAUCAGCUACAAGGCAGAUCCAACCCAGAGGUGGCUUGCCCUGGUCGGUCUCUAUAGGGACUAUGAUAGUGAGUCCAAUGAGUUUCAUGUGAACAACAUAUCAGGAAUUGCACAAGUCUACUCCAUAGACAACAAGUGGAGCCAGCCCAUGGAUGCCCAGGCUGUGUCGUUUGCAACGUACCGACGCAGCGAGAAUGUGCUGCCCUCGUCGUUCCUCUGUGUGGCCAAUAGACUAUCAGCGCAACAGGGAAAGCUCCAUGUCAUCGAGCUGGGACCGCACAAACCUGGGAAUGCUGCCCUCAUCAGCUGUACAGAACAAUUAUAUUUCGACGAAAGCGACCCUUACGACUUUCCUGUAUCUAUUCAGAUUUGUUCCAACUAUGGCCUAGUUUACGUCCUGACCAAGUACGGCCAUGUGAAAGUGUGUGAUAUUGAAACGGGUACCUUCCUCUGUACUGCUAGCGUCUCGCCUCUGACUCUCUUCACUGGGGCACCAGACUGUGAAGGCAAAAGAGCCCUUGUGGUUGAUCGGAGUGGGAAGUUUUCUUCAGUUGGAGUACGCGAACAAGCAUUAAUUGAACACACAAGAACUAACUUGAAAAGACCGGCCAUUGCAAGGAGACUAGAGAAGUCUAUGUUUCCAGAAUGAUCCGGCUUCUGAUGAUUGCGAAUGCGUGAGAGAGAUUCCAUGAGACCACAAGAUCAGUGUGAACAGGUGUUUUUUAACGAGGUUAAAGGUCAAGACCAAGAGAGCAUCGAUGCGACUGCAACUUUGGGGUUUUAUACAGCAACCGGAUGGCUGUCGUUGCUACAUUGGAAAUGGAGAUUCAGAGUUAAACCAAGAGAUGCUUCAGGCCUGUAUGCUUCGUUUUUGAAAGGGCAAGGGCACCAAGGCAAAUUUUUCAACUUGGUAAAGCGCACCUGAAGAGGAAAUUGUAAAUUUCUAGAUAAGCAUUUCAUGUACACAAAGGCAUCGACCAAGGGGCUUAUGAGGCAGUCGCCUGCAUUGCCUCCGGGUUAGUAUCGUGCAUGCUGCGCUGCUUUCCACCCACUAAGUGAUGACAAAAAAAGAAGCCGCGAAAAGAGAUAUGGUAUGUGUCAAGUGUGUGGUUGAUCUACUGUUGCCAUACAUGUGAAAGUCUCUAGCCAUCAGGCUAGCUUGACAAGACAUCUGCUCUAUGCAAAGGUCAUGGGUUUCGAAUCCCACCCGAGUGAUUUGCUUGUGGAUUUUGGCUGACAGUCGUAACUGGUGGAUCUGAAGGAACAAGGUAUUUUUAUGGAUGUUUUUUUAAUUGGUGCUUGUACAAAUUGAUCAAGAGUGUAUGUAUAGGGGACGAGGGAACAGAAUGAGGGUCAUUAGAGUUAAAGAAAUGAGAUUGCCCCUUGCCUGCAUUUCCUUCAUUCUUGUUUUCAGACCUACAUUGAUGAACCAGGCAUGCUCAGCAGAUGAGCUGAUUUCCUCUUUUUUUCUUGGUUUUGUGUGCCAUUGCAAGCUAAAAAACAAACACUACAAAUAUUCUAUUCUAUUUAACCUUUGUGGUACCGGCUGCUAACACAUAGAAUUUGAAUUGUAUCUAGCUAACGAGCUAACUCGGUGGUCUAGCAGUAAGACUUUUGCUCUAGCAAUGCAAAGGUCAUGGGUUCAAAAUCCCAUGGGUUCAAAAUCCCACCCGAGUGAUUUGCCUGUGGAUUUUUGCACAGAAAUUUGGAAAGUACACAGUGCCUAUACACGUCGGUGUAAGGGUACAAAACAUGAAUAUCUCUAAUGUGCAAAUCAACCAAUUAUAUCGCAUAAAUCCACCAGGAAACCAACACCAGGGCCCAUUUGCAUUGAACUGCUUUAAGCACAAAGUAGCUAAGCUUACCAGAGCAAGGUAACCAGCCAAAAGACUAUUUCGCAUGUACCAUUAGUGACUGGUAUCCUGCUCAAUUCUGCUAAGCAGGAAGUUGUUAAACAAUAUUUUCUGCUUAUGCAGUUCUAUGAAAUUGGGCCCAGUCCCCCACAUCAAUACUUACCAUCCUCCUGUCUGCCAAGAAGUAAAACUCACUCUCAAUUUGCGUUUUGUAAAAAAAUAAAAUUGGAGUGGUUUGAGAGGAUAAGUGUUCUUUGUAAAUUUAAACUUGUAUCCCACCAGAACGAAUAGAUUGCAACAGAGGUUUAAAAUGAUUAAGUUUGCAUGGUAGACGAGUUUGCUUGUUAUGUGAUUAGUGGUCAUGUUUACACAUUCAGUCUUUUUACAUGUAUUACGAAUGACUGUAAAUUUAUGUACUUUAAUCAAAUCGGGUCAGAUAAACUGAGUUUAAUGAAGUUUAUGAGAAAGGGGUAAUUUCUCUGUCACAUAUUAAAAGACACCAGGCCUGAAGCCUUUUUUCGGUAUCUGAAAGCACACAAAUUUGUGCAACAAGAGUGGUUUUGUUUUUCUU